AAAAGACACCAUCUCAUCCACAGUGGAAUUAAACCGUACACCUGUGACUUGUGUGGAAAAUCGUUUACUCACGCUGAAAGCUUAAAAACACACCGACUCAUCCACAGUGGAGUUAAAGCAUACAGCUGUGACUUGUGUGGAAAAAGUUUUACUUUUGCUGCUAACUUAAAAAGACACCAUCUCAUCCACAGUGGAAUUAAACCGUACACCUGUGACUUGUGUGGAAAAUCUUUUGCCCACGCUGGAAACUUACAAACACACCAACUUAUCCACAGUAGAUUUAAAGCAUACAGCUGUGACUUGUGUGGAAAGUCUUUUGCCCACGCUGGAAGCUUAAAAACACACCAGCUCGUCCACAGUGGAGUUAAAGCUUACACCUGUGACUUGUGUGGAAAAUCUUUUGCCCACGCUGAAAGCUUAAAAAGACACCAACUCAUCCACAGUGGAGUUAAAGCGUACACCUGUGACUUUUGUGGAAAAUCUUAUACCCACGCUGAAAGCUUAAAAAGACACCAACUCAUCCACAGUGGAGUUAAAGCAUACACCUGUGACUUAUGUGGAAAAUCUUUUACCCAGGCUGGAAACUUACAAACACACCAACUCAUCCACAGUGGAGUUAAAAAAGCUUUUACUCACAGUGGCCUCUUACAGCGUCAUCAAGUUAUCCACUCUGGAUUUAAGGCGUACAGCUGCCACAUAUGUGGAAAAACCUUCCACUUGCUAGGCAGCCUAAAUAUUCACCUCCGCAUUCAUACUGGAAAUGACGUUUACUGCUGUGAUCAGUGUGGGAAACUGUUUGUGAGAUAUAAAGACUUAGAACGCCACAUGUUUACCCACACUGUGGGGAGACCUUAUAAAUGUGACCUGUGUGAGAAGACUUUUAAAGCGCCACGUUACCUUAAAAUCCACCAACAGAGCCACACCAGAAAGAAACUGCAAGUGCAGUUACUGUGAGAAGCAGACCGACACAGAAGGAUCCAGUUCUCAA